AUGGUUAAUAAAGGAAUAAAUGACGUCAUCGUCGUGACCUUGAACUAUCGUCUCGGCUACCUCGGGUUUCUACGAGCAGACGACCCCAAACUUCCGGGUAAUCAGGCGAUAUGGGAUCAAAUCAUGGCACUGAAGUGGGUCAGGAAAAACAUUCGAUCGUUCGGCGGAGACCCGAACCACAUCACCAUAGGCGGCAACUCCGUGGGCAGCAUAAGUGUAUCAGUUCUCAGCAUCGUCAGACAGGCCAAGUAUUUAUUCCACAGGGGUUUUCUGAUGAGCGGUUCAGCCUUUCAAAACCUGUUCACAGCCGGCGGCUCAUCAGGAAUGAUCUUAGAGCACGUCUCCAACACCGUCCGCUGUACCUCCCCAAACUUGCAGGAUAAAAUACAAUGUUUAAAAAAGUUACCCUCCAGCGCCUACGUUAUUCCAAUCGUCAGUCACUUCACCCAGCUGUUCUUAAGCCGGGACGGGGAGCUGUUCCCGGCUCCCAUAGUGGAGCUGGUAAAAAACACGACGUACCUGAAGCAGGUGGGAUUUUUUGAGCGGGAUUAUCUGGUGAGCAACACGAAUAACGAGGGACCGAUAAUUCUAUUUGGAGAAUUCGCCACAGGGAUCGACCCAACCAACGUGUCCAUAGACUUUCUCAGCCAAAUCCUUCAGACGACACCAGCUAACGCCCAGACGACCCUGGACUUCUACACUGCUCUUAACCUGCCCUUCCCGACCUUAUAUCCCUUGAUAGGAGACUACAUCUUAAGCAUACCUGCACUUAAUUUUAUAAAGGUGUUGACCUCUCAAGCUAAAGACUACCAUAGACGGGCCUACUACAUGGUACUCAACUACACCCCCACACUUGUGCCGCCACUGCUCAACGGUUUUCCUCACGCUCUGGACGUGUCCUACCUUUUUGACAUCAAACCAUAUGACGUGAUCAAGUUGUAUUAUCGUGUGAACACUGGCUUAGAUUUUACUGAAGAGGACAGAAAGCUGAAAAAGGUUUACAUGACCAUUUUAGGAGACUUUAUUAAGAAGGGAGACCCAAGCUGGACACUGGCGACCAACCUGACCUGGCAACCGUUUGACCUGAGGUCCCAACACUUUCUCAACUUUGACGAGAGCCCGCGUGUAGACCAGUUCCCCAUACACCAGAGACAGAUAUUUUGGGAGACCACCUUCAGCAGCAUGAUAUAA